AUUCAGCCAUUACUCCGCGAUGGUGACUGCGGGAGGCUACACGUAAUAUUUCACACGCGACGAAACUUGGAUUUACGGAGCUCACCUUUGAGCUCAGGUGUAAAAGUUAAGGUGUUCAUAUCUCUCGGCUCCCGCGUUUGUCUCCUCUCCGGCUCAUCUUCAGUUACUCCCCUUUAGUGUAGUAUUAGAUUAGUUUUUAGAGUUUUUUUUGGGCAGUGUUUGUGUUCAGAUGACGGCGCAGGUAGACUACCUGGUGGUGCUUUUCACCGCCACAUCUGGCGCGAGCGGAGAGCUGUUGGGAUCUGACGAGAGGGAGCUCGUGCAGUUGGUUUGGCAGCUGGUGGAUGUAAAGAACAAAAAGUUGGGCAAGGUGAAUGAGCUCCUCAUUAAGCCUGACCUCUCAGACUUGACAGAAGAAAAAGAGGAGGAGGAUGUGGUGGUGGCGAGUUUGGAAGAGGGAACUGCCAAAGCAGACAGCGUCUUUACAGCCACAAGCCUCGAGACGGCAUUAAACCUGUUUCAUCUACAACUGACAAACGAGGUGAACAGCGCAGGCGCAGGCACGUCGGUGUGUUUGUGUACGGACGGGCAGCUCCACAUCCGUCAAGUGAUUCACCCCGAGGCCGCAAGCAAGAACAUCCUGGUCCCAGACUGUUUCUACUCUUUCUUUGACCUUCGGAAGGAGUUCAAGAAGCACUUUCCCACGUCUGACCUCAAGGCUUUGAAUGUCCACAUCAUGGCAGAGUCUCUUAAUAUACCUGCUGAUGUGCCAGCCAUGUGGGAUCCUACAGCCUCACUGGAUCCCUCAGCCACAAUGCCUGUGGAAAUCCCAAUACAGCAGGUCCAGAUUAUGGCCAGUAUUGUCCUUGCCCUGCUUUCUCAGCCAUUUUGCCACACGUUUUCGAACCAGGAGAGAGUUAGUGAGAAGUUUGAGAGUGGCACUUGCAGUAAGAUGGAGAAAGUGUGCGACAACACCGUGAUCAGAGCCAGAGGGUUGCCAUGGCAGUCCUCUGACCAGGAUAUUGCUCGAUUCUUCAGAGGACUCAACAUUGCCAAAGGAGGGGCUGCAUUGUGCCUUAACGCUCAGGGGAGGAGAAACGGAGAAGCUCUUGUUCGUUUUGUCAGUGAGGAACACAGAGACCUGGCGCUGCAGAGACACAAACACCACAUGGGCAACAGAUACAUAGAGGUUUACAAAGCAACAGGGGAGGACUUCUUGAAGAUAGCAGGAGGUACGUCCAACGAGGCAGCAGUGUUUCUGUCCCGUGAGGACCAGAUCAUAGUGAGGAUGCGAGGUCUUCCUUUCACUGCCACACACGAGCAGGUGCUCAGCUUCUUCUCCCCGGGGGACGGCCUUAAAGAGACUUGUCCUGUCAGCGGAGGGAAAGAUGGCAUCUUAUUUGUGCGCUAUCCAGACGGACGUCCUACUGGCGAUGCCUUUGUUUUAUUUGCGUGUGAGGAACACGCCCAGUGUGCUCUGAGGAAACACAAGGAAAUUUUGGGAAGGAGAUACAUUGAGCUGUUCAAAAGCACAGCAGCAGAGGUCCAACAGGUGUUGAACCGAUACUCGUCAGCCCCUCUGAUCCCUGUGGCCCCUGCCCCCUUGGUGUCAAUGCUGCCCACAGUGUCUCUCCUGCCCCCUCUUGGUAGUAUGAGGGACUGCUUGAGGCUGAGGGGGCUGCCAUACUCAGCGUGCAUAGAAGACAUCCUCACCUUCCUGGGCGAGUUUACACACGAUAUCAGACCACAUGGUGUGCACAUGGUGCUCAACCAGCAGGGUCGUCCAUCAGGUGAUUGUUUCAUCCAGAUGACCUCAGCAGAGCGAGCACUUCAGGCCUCGCAGCGGCUCCACAAGCACGUCAUGCCCGGUCAGCGUGGGUCCAACAGCCGCUACGUGGAGGUGUUCCCCUGCAGCGCAGAGGAGAUGGGCCUGGUGCUGAUGGGAGGCUCGCUCUCACACACACAUACACACACACACAACCGGACCAGAAGUGGGACAGGGCUCAGCCCGCCGCCAUGUAAGUCCAGACGUUUAUCUCCGCCAUCCUACUCCUUCACCCCUGCUCCACCUGUCCUGCCCGCAGAGGCUGCUGCCCUUUACCCUCCCAUGGGUCAGGUGUUGCUGAGCCCACGCCCCCUGCCACCAGGACAUGCCUACUACCCCGCCUCAGCUCAGCUGUACAUGAACUACGCAGCCUACUACCCCAGUCCACCUGGCUCACCUACCACCAUAGGUUUCUUCCCCUCCCCCUCGUCCCUCUCCUCCCCAGGGGGGUUGGUGCGCAUGCCGGGGCUGACCUACAACAGCAAUGGAGUCAAAGACCUCAUUAAUGCAGUGCAGGGAUACCAGAGUCCCACAGAGUCCGUUUCUCUCCUGAGCAGCAGUCUGAUUGGUCAGUCCAGUGGAGGUGAUGCUCCUCUCAUGUCCCUCCCCACUCUCAUGCCCAAGCCGGCGGGGCAGUACCUGGAUCUGACCCUGCUGUAGGGUCACAAAUAUACAAAGGUCAUGUGACAAUUUGCUAUAUGUCAGAGACUUGUAAUGUAUUGCUAGGUUUUUAAAAAUAGUCUUUUAGAUGUGUUAUUUAUAUCUAUAAUAACAGAAAUUAAUGUAUUUUGUACCAAAAUCAUUGUGGCCUUAGCCAAAAAUAGCAUUUUUUGUCUUAUAUUGCACAAUGUGUAUUUUAAAAGCUUUAUAGAGAUUUUUUUUAACAUGUUAUAAUCACUAUGUUAUGACUUCGUAGAAACAUAGUUAAACCUUUUCCUUCAGCUUCUCUGUGAAGAGUGAAAGUAUGUCUUAGUGUGAACGAGAUGAAAAUGAGUAUUAUGCAUGGCUGUGUUGAUGCGUCCCGAUACUUAAUCUGUUUAUGCAAUGGAUUUAAUGUGUUUAUAUACAUUUGAUACAGAUAAAGUGAUUGUAUUGGAAGCUUUAGUGCAUGAAGAAGUUAGCAGUACAACUUUAAGAUGUUUACAUAAUGCCAAAUAUCAAUGCACUGCUAAUGAAUAAGAUUACCAAUGACAAUAAUAGCAGUAUCUUUGAAUGAUAAUGUAUAUGUUACACUGUGAGUUUGUCCAAUAGUCUGAUUCUCGCACCAGACUUCACUUACAAAAAAUGUGACAUCUCACACUAAAUCCCCUGUUUUCGCGCUGUGUAAUGCCAAUGUUGUCUUGCCUUUUGUUUUUUGUCACAUCACAAGCUCUCAUCUUACUGAGUGAACCUCAGGAGCCACAGUUUUUCAUUAUUUUAUUACAUAUUUUACUCAGAUUAGAUUGAUUAAUCAGUCCGUCACACUUUCCUUGUCUUUUCCCCACCAUUUACGUUGACUACAGGGGAUCCAAAUGGAGCAAAGGGGUCUCCUGGCAGAAAUUCCUUUUGUCAUUUCACUUUUUCAAAAAACUGAAUCAUCUGGAGAGCAGAUGGGAAUAUUGAGAAAGAAAGGAAAUAAUGAAGGACACCCCUGUCACAUAUCUUGUUAAUUUAAUUGACAUUUGUGCCCAGUAAAAUUGCCGUUUUGACUCCAUUUUGCUGUACACACGUCUCACAGUUGGACUUCCUGCUCAGGAUGUCCUCUUUUUAUUAAAGCUGGGGGGGAAAAAAAGGAAAGAAAUAAACAAUAAACAUAUGAAGUCUGUCGACCUUCCACUGUA